GAGGAAUCACCCAACGCGGGCAAAGACGUCGACGAGAUUAUGCAAUUGCAGGCACAACUGGCAGCUGCUCAUGCUCGUGUGGCUAAACUGGAAGCGCAGGCUGCUCAAGAUGAACCUCUGGGCUCCGAGGAGGGGUCGCCCCGUGCAACCAGCGAGGAGUUGGAGGAAAUCAUACUGCAAUUGCAGGCACAGCUGUCAGCUGCUCAUAUGCAGGUCGAGCAGCUGCAAGCACAAGCUACCCAAGACGAGCGAUCAAACGUGUUCUGCGAAGAUUCGAAGGACUUCAUGCAAUUGCAGGCAGAGCUGUCAACCGCUCACACUCGAGUGGCCGAGUUGGAAGCACAAGCCGCCCAAGACAAACCUGUGGCGCUUGAGGCGAGCCACUAUGAGGCUCGUAUUGUUGAGCUGGAGCGCGAGCUGCACGAGCUUCGUUCUCGGACAGAUCCUCAGGCUUCUGAGGUAAAGCCUUCUGCUCUUGACCUUGAUGAGCCCAAAGUGAAGGAUGGAGGCAAUGACGGCUGGGAUGAUUUCGACCUCAGUGAUGUGCAGCCAGCAGUGAAGCCUUCUGCUCUUGACCUUGAUGAGCCUAAAGUGAAGGAUGGAGGCA